AUGUCUCUUACCCUUCUCGAAACGGGUGCUCCCCAAACCCUGUCGCAGAGCACCUCUAUGCGCCUUGCCAGCAAGGCGGGCUGGGUCAACACCCUCAAGUGGAAUCGAACCGACACGAACCUCGGCAUAAACUUGGACGACAUCGAUCCCUUUUCUCACGACGGCCGAGAUGCCUGGGAGACUCUGAGUAACAUAGCAGCACUUGGCUGGACCCUCGGCGAUAAUGACGAGAAGCCAACCCGUUCAACAGCGCCCCCAAAGUUCUCUUUGCAUGGCGAUGACGCUCGCCCUGAGCACCCGGCCACGCCUUCCCCGCGAGUAAGACCGUUCCACAAGUGGAUGAAGAACCUACAUAGGCGAGCGCACCGUCCAAGGACCCGACACGGUCAUAGCCGGGCCGAACCGUUUCCCGAAUUCCCCGAAGUUUCCUUCGCAGACGAUGUCCUGUCGCCAGAUUGCCAUCGAAAAUCGUCUUCGGGCUCUUCCUUCGGAUUCGUUGCGGCAGUGAGGAGUGCAAGUGUGAGUCUCGCGAGCGCCAGCGUGAUGACACGAUCGAGGAGGCAUACUGCUCGGUCGUCACGUCGAGGCAAGACAGACUCUAGCAGUAGAGGCUCUACAUGCGCCCCGCGAGAGUCCGAAGAUAGCACGUGCCUCGAGCGGAUAUCAACAAACGAUACCGGAGUCACGGAGCGGUUGUUGCAGAGGCGCCAUAUCCUCGAGGAGCUUAUUAACACGGAAGAAGGUUAUAUCGGGGAUGUUAAAUUCCUCAUGAAUGUUUAUGUCACCAUCUUAGCUUCUUUACCGUCGUCACACCUGGGCCUUCGAUCCUCCAUCAAUCGCAAUCUAACGGAUAUUGUUGAAUUGCACGAGGAGAUUCUUGGAGAUCUUCACCGAGCGGUACCAAACUCCGAGUAUACACAACCCGAGUGUAUCCCGAAGAUUUCCAAUCCGCCGUCGGCUAAAGAGCAUCACCAUUGGCAUAGCCUAGACUCCGUCCCAGAGGGUAAAGGAGGCGCUCCCUUGUCUUUACGGGACAUUCCUAGUGUGAUUGCCGAGCCAAAUGUUGCAGCUGAGGUAGCUCACGUUUUUGGUAAAAGGAUAAAUCGGUUCUUCAUUUACGAGGAAUACGGCGCAAAAUACGAGAUGAUGAUCAAAGACGUCGCAUCUACACAUCGGACACUUCCUCAGUGGGAGACGUACCAGAAGGGGCUGGAAGCUUUAGGCGCCUCUCUAAGUUCUGCGAAUCACCAUCUAGAAAAUUCCAAGAAGUCGUUGACGAUCGGUGAUCUGCUGGUCAAACCUAUCCAGAGAAUCUGCCGAUACCCCCUUCUAUUCGCCGAGCUUCUCAAAUACACUCCCGUGUGUGAUUGCCCCAACUCACAUAUGGAGAUAGAGAAUGUCCUUAUUCGGCUACGCGAGGCCACUGCUGAGAUCAACCGUGCCACGGAUGACCCAGGAAUGAAAAUAUCGAUGGAGCAGACCUGGCUGCUGCAAGAUAGGCUCAUGUUCCCGAACAAGCAGAAGUUGGACGCGGCUUCGAAGAGCACCAUACGCUCGUUUGGGCAAGUUCGCCUGUGCGGUGCCCUGCAUGUGUGCUGGCAGACCAAAGACAGCGUGAAUGGCGCAUACAUGGUUAUACUCCUUUAUAAAGACUGUCUGUGCCUUGCUAAGGCUAAUCGAGCGGACCAUGUGUACACCAUCCAGGCUUGUUUGAGUCUUGAUGACAUCAAUAUCGAAGAAGUUGACAAUGGUCGAGGCCUCCAAUGCCACACUGCUCCGUUUUCCUGGAAGCUUGUAUUUGAAAGCGACCAUCAACUCUACGAGUUCGUCAUGACAGCCUGCUCCCAGAAGGAGGAGCUGGAAUGGCGCACUCGGCUUGCGCGGCACCAUUCGACCAAACCACCCGAAUUCUUGAAACCUACAUUCUACAGCGCCGUAUUCCUCGAUAUGAGGAGUCUCGGAACGAUUUUCGGAAAGCCAGGUACCGUUGCCCGCCGUCUUUCCAUUCAAAGAGCAACCACUGUCGGACCUAGGUCGCCACUAUGUCAAGUCAUCCUGAAGAACACUAGUGUAGUGAAGGAUACGUCCGCGGAGGCCUCGGGCUCGCAAAUCAAUCGUUCGCAAUCGUUCAUGACAACCAACGCCCGCAUCCCGGUGUUGGCCCCAUCCCGAGGAGACAGAGCUCGUCUUGAGGCCUUGCUGGCGGACGUGUGGAGCCGCAAGGUGCUGCCAUUUCCCGGGAUGACGACUCGCUCAAGAAGCGAGCAUCUUGUCCGCAGUUCGGCGUCUACGGUAAUGCGCAAGCUUAGCGUUGCGAGCAUCGCCAACUCUUUUACGAAGCGCCCAACCAGCGCUACGGGCGCAGUGAAGCCGAGCGAGGACGAAUAUCCGCACGUCGACAGUUUUGUCGAUGGCCUUGUCCAACUUAAUUGCAAUGAGUCAAGUUCCGAACUAGUUGGGGCAGGCACAGCCGAAGGGGAUGCCAAGAAGAGACUCCCGGUUAUUCGAGACGAGAUCGAGCAUAGCCUUAGCCCGACCAAUUCUUCCCUAGCCGGUUCCUGCGCCGAUUCCGGGACGGUGAAGAGGUCGGACUCUUCGAGGUUGGAGUUGAAAUGGCUGGGCGAAGAACACGGGUUCAAUACACCGGGCCUGCACACGUCCUUGUCCAACAGCAUUCGUCGAAGCCGGCGGAGACUGUCGGCGGGAUCAUCCCCAUCUUCGAACACAGAUGACGAGAACGUGGGCCAGCGACGCGGAACGAAGCAUCAUUCGCAGGAAAAAUCGGCGAGUGUCGGGGCCGCACGCAAAUGGCGCCGGGUCGGUGCCAUCCGUAAGGCCUCGAUGGCAUCUAGCAUUCGUAGUCUGUUUAGACAAGAGAGGACGGUCUCGGCAUUAAACAGCAAGUAGAGUAUAGCAAGGACCACGGUUGGAAGGUCAGGCGUGUAUGGCUCAGGGCCACGGCAUGGUUGGGUCCCGCCCCUCUUGUUUUGUUACGACAAUACCAGGACGGCACGGUGUCCGCUGCCAGGCGUUGGUUUUGUUUAUGGUUCGGUUGGCUUGUAAGACUUGGGCAAGCACGAUUAUACCCUCGAUGCAAUGUCCUUAGCUUUUGAAAGAAAGAACAAUAACACUUGAGACUUUUAUGUUACUCGAUGCGAGGAGCGGGAGAAGUUGACGAAAUUAACGACGAGGUUCAGAUAGAGCCCAAGGCCCAUAGGCGAUGUCGAUGUAGGUAUGUACAUAUAGAUGCAGAUGCACGGCAAGGGUGAUGGUGGUGACGUCUUAGCAGCGCUUAAGUGUAUGGAAGGAGGUAGGCAAGGGCCUCAGGUAAAGUACCUAAGAUAUCUUGGGUAACUUAGCUACCAUACCUACCUCUCAUACUACGGGGAGGGUACCUAGAUGUACCCCGUGACGGAGGUCGGAAGUUGGCUGGUGAUCGUUGCGUGUUGAGCUCGGGCAGUGACGUAAGACAGCAGGCGGGGCAGUCGGGAUAAGCAAGACAGGCGGCGCAGGCGACGCAGGAACGAGCAGAGAGAGGUUCGCUGAGGGGCAGAUUCCGUUUGGACAUCGAUGAUGACGUAGGUGCGUAGCUCGACGUAUGAGUAUGGCAAAGUGGGUGCGGCAUGAUGAU